AUGCCCAAUAAUGUUUGGGCAUCUUUGUUGACACAAGACUUGAAAGAAGUGAGAGCAGCAUAUAGAAGAGAAAAGUCUGCAGCAGAUCAGUUCUGGUCAAAGAUGGCCAAGCUCGUUUUGCUUACCAGUCUGGCCCUCCUGCUGAAUGCCCAGAUAGGCACUGCCUAUGUGCUGUCAUGCUAUUUCACCAACUGGGCUCAAUACAGACCGGGCCUGGGAAGUUUCAUGCCUGAUAACAUCGACCCAUGCCUGUGCAGUCACUUGCUGUACGCCUUCGCUGGGAUGUCCAACAAUGAGAUCACAACCAUUGAAUGGAAUGAUGAGACCCUCUACAAAUCCUUCAAUGGACUGAAAAAUCAGAAUGGAAAUCUCAAGACCCUCCUGGCAAUUGGAGGAUGGAAUUUUGGGACAGCCAAGUUCUCCACAAUGGUUUCCACUCCUGAGAACCGCCAGACCUUCAUCAACUCCGUCAUCAAAUUCCUGCGCCAGUACCAAUUUGAUGGGCUGGACAUUGACUGGGAAUACCCUGGAUCAAGGGGCAGCUCUUCUCAGGACAAAGCUCUCUUCACCGUCCUGGUUCAGGAAAUGCUGGCUGCCUUUGAGCAAGAAGCCAAGCAGGUGAACAAGCCCCGUCUCAUGAUCACGGCU